UCUCAAAAAACAAAUCGCGUCAUCAGCUCUGCCCUAGUUUCCGCCAAGCUCUGCCCGUCGCCUUUAUCUGUGUUUUCUCAAAACAAAAGUUGUGAAUCUGGUUGUGUUUGAAUUUGCCCAAGUUUUCCAUCUCGCUCGUUGAGAAUCGUUGGUUGCUUUGUUUCGCUGAUUGCUUCGCUUAUUCGAGUUCUUCGAUCUUCUUCUUCUUCCCUAACAUAAAAAUUUUGAGUCUUCCCAUCUGGACUAAUUACAACUAGCUGCGGUAGAAGUUUAUGCUCAAAGUACCAAACAAGUUUCUCACAGUUCUUGUCAUUGAAAGGCGAGAAGCAACAGGAAUGCGGCAAAUCGAGCUAAGUUGAACAUGCUUCAUCAUAUUGGUAGCAAGCCUAUUAGUGAGAUCAUUUAUCAAAAGGGUGGAAAAGAUGGCAACCCACCAGAUUUGGCAACAAUUUUCUUUGAGACCCGUAAGAAAGAUAACAAGCUUGUUGAACCUGAAGCAAUUGAAAAGCAUGCUCAAAUUGAAGAAAUAGUUCAAGCAGAUCCAUCUCUACCUAACAUAGAGAUUGUAGAAAAAUGUUGUGGACCUCAAACUCGUAGCCAUGUGUUUGGCUUUGGGGGUGGAGUGAAGGUGAAAGACUUGAAAGGUGGAACCUCUUCAAAGGCUGAAUUACUGUCCGCGCUACGUUCAACUCGAGAAGAAAAUAAAUCUUUGAAUGAGGAAAACAAUCCUUGAAUGAGCGCUUGUCUACCUUAGAAGAUGAGAUGAAAGAAAUGAGG